AUUUCUAGCCAUCUGUGGUAAACAGCUUGUGUGUGGUGAGGGUGCCAUUUCAGCAGGUUAAUUUCAUCCACCAUGCCGCGAUGGAAUGUUGAAAAACUAAUAACCUUGGUCCAGGAGAGGCCCGAGCUAUGGGAUACCAGGCAAAAUGCGUAUAGUGACCGCUUAAAAAAGGAUGCUUCGUGGGAGCAAGUGGCACGGAGCAUGCGCAGAAGCGAAUGGUCCAAAGCGGAUAGCCGAGUCCGGGCCCAAUUAGUCAAACAAACCAAAACCCGCUGGGCGAGUUGCCGGGACCAAUUCCGGCGGGAGAUGACCAGCAAAGGCCGGAGUGGUGAGGGAACCUCCCGGAAACGGGCUUACAUUUAUACGGCCCAGUUGCAGUUUCUGCGGCCAGUAAUGGAAAUGAGGCCUACUGUGGACAGUCUGGAUCCGUCCCAAGAUUCAGACACGUCGGGGAGUGAAACCCCUGCGGUUUUCUCACCCCAAGAAAGUCCUGCUCCAACGCCGGCUGAGGACCCAGAGGACUCAACACUGGCCGAGGCCCCCCUACCACUGGCCGGUCCACCCCGGAUUGUACAGCCCCAGCCCAGACGUCGCCGACAAGUCCCUCCCUCUACCUCUGGGCAAGAGAGUCGGGAACUUAUUAAUGUCCGGCUCAUCGAGUUUCUUGCCCAGAGGAGGAGUGAUGGUGUGGAGGAUAAAAUUAUACGGGGCUUAGGGCCGCUAAUGAAGCACGUCACUCCUUUGGAGCAUCAUGAGUGCCUUGCUUCAUUAGCGGUCGUAAUCAAAAUGUUUGCUCUACCCAACCAUGGCGACAUUCUGGCAAAGCUUAAUGCCAUGAAAGUCGAAAUUGAAAAUGCCGGACAGCAGCAAAGGGCAGGAACCUUUGAGGUAGCGCCACAAACAUUCCAAGGGCCUUCUUAUCACCAGCAACCCCAGUAUGGACUACCCCAGUGGGCAAUGCAACAAGUGGGUCAGCCCCUUUACCCGGGCAAUUUCUCAUCUGUGGCACCUCAACAGGCCCAUUUUUUGUAUUGA